AUGAGCACGAAUACACCAUUGCUGCAGACCAUUGAACCUGAUGAUCCUUCAACAGCGCAGGCUUCAUCUAGAAACACUACAUCCAAUGUCCGACCUGCGGUAGUCUUGACACCUAAUAAUAUGGCCUCCACUCCAGCCGAUGCAGAAUCAGGCAUUGCUGGGAUAUUGAGACAGUCUGCACAUCCUGCGGUCUUAUUUUGCCUCUAUUUCUUUAGGAUAUCCGCCAUCGCUGUGUAUAUCUUAUGUGGAUUGUUAACAAGCAGCUAUGUUCUUUCCACGGUGGCGGUUGUUGUCCUACUUGCAAUGGACUUCUGGAAUUGUAGAAACGUUGCUGGGCGCACUCUUGUUGGCCUGCGUUUCUGGAACCAGGUAGACGACGAUGGAGAGAGCUAUUGGGUGUUUGAGAGCAGAGACCCAUCAAGACCAGCAAACCCAGUGGAUGCUAAGAUGUUCUGGAUAGCUCUUUACGCGUUUCCAGCACUCUGGCUACUGCUCUUCAUAGCCUCCAUCAUCCGUUUCAACUCAUUUAUACCCAUCGUGAUUCUAGCGCUUGUAUUCAAUGUUACUAAUGCCGUUGGAUUCACUUAUGCAGAUAGGGAUGCAAAACAAAGAUGGGCCAAUAGUAUUGCAUCUUCUGGAUGGAAUAUGGGAAUGGGGGGCAUAGGGGGGCAGAUUCUGGGUGGCGCCAUGAAGAACAGUAUCGGGAGAUUGUUUGGAUGA